GUAGUAAAAAUAUAGAAUUAUUCGUAGCUACUAAUUUUUGAUGUUUGAAUUAGGCCUAAUAAUGUGAAAGAAUACACGAAAUUUCAAAAAUUCAUCAUUCGUUUUUCUUUCGAAUUUAGAGAAAUAAUUCUUAAGAUUUAAAAUCGUUAAGUUUUGCACUGAAUUUAUAUAAAUAAUAAGAGUUAUAAAAUUUAGAAAAGUAUUUAAAUUUUAGAAAUUUUAUUAAAAAGCAAUAGAAGGAAUGAAUAGUAAUAAAGAUUUCUUAUCUAUGGAUCUAUUAUGAUUGGAUAUCAUUGCUUUGAAUAGAUGGAACAAAGCAGAAAAUAUUAAAAGGUAAAAUACAUUAUAGAUAAUUUGUAAUGAUUAAAAAAUUAAAGCAAUAUUAAAAACAUUUUAAAAUGGCUGUUAAAACUUCAGAAUGAUAUUUUUUAUCUAGAUUAAACAUUCUGUGAGCAGCUUAAUCCAUAAUUAUAACGGUUCAUUAUUAGAAUAAUUGAAGAGAAUCUUAAAUACAUUGUAGACAAUUUAAAAGAUUAAAAUAAAUUUUUUAUAUUUUACGAAGAAUAAAGAAUUAAAGAAUCAAGUUUAUAUCAAAUUUCCUGGAGUGAGACGGAAUUUGUGCCAAAUAUAUCAUUGAAAAGUCGUCUGCUGUGAUUAGAAAUAUUUCCGCUUUCAUUAAAGAUUUACAUUAGGCAAUAAGCUGAUAAACGAAUUCUAGAGCACAGAUGCGUUUAAUGGCGUGAGGUAAUUGGACUGUAUUGACAGGAAUUUGAACUCAGACAGAUUUCUUCAGGAUAUACUAUGCCUAUUGAAAUAAUAGUGAUGUAUCUGUUAAUAAGUGAAAAGUGAUGGAACUGCCGUGGAACUUUCUCUAACUUGAAACUAAGGGGGUCUCCCUUCGGAAUAUAUAAUUUAUUUCUGUGUGAAUUUCUUCAUUUACGAAGAAGAAAAAUGGAUGGCAGAUUAUCACCUCAACAACGUGGUUCUCGUCAUUCUCUAAACAAAGUGCACACUAGCCCAAGGACUUCUUUAACAAUGUAUGACAGACCUUUGAAUUUAGAGAAUCUGUGGGGCAAAGGAAAAUUGGAAGAGAGAGUUCGAGUGGAAUUCUAUGUCAAUGAGAAUAAUGUCAAAGAGAGGUUGCAGUUAUAUUUCUUCAAAAAUCAAAGUUCAAGUUUAAAAGUGAGAAUUUUCACCCUAGUUAUCAAAUUAAUACUUUGCGUGCUGUACGUCAUACGGGUUGUUUUGGAUCGUGGACCCAACAGUGCUGCUUGUUAUGGGUGUGAACCACAGAACAUAACUAUGUUUCUGACACCUGAUGUUAAUUACGAUACUAGUGGACCAACGUCGUAUUACAUAAAUUGGAAUGCAGUGUUAUGGGUAGACAGACCUCUCGGUCUAUGGAUCGUUCAAAUGGUGCUAUCCACUGUGAGUCUUACAGAAGCCUUACUGCUAGUUUAUUUAGGUUACAAAGGCAACUUAUGGCAUCAUGUUUUAUCUUACAACUUCAUCCUAGAGCUAGUUAAUAACGUACCUUUUAUAGCUACUAUUUUCUGGUCGCCUUUAAGAAACCUCUUCAUUCCUAGCUUCCUAAAUUGCUGGUUGGCCAAAUUCGCCCUCGAGCACAUGUUUCAUGAUCUUCAUCGUGCCAUGCAGAGAUCGCAGUCAGCAUUAUCACAUCGCCUGAUGAUUCUGUCAGCAACACUCCUUUGCCUCAUAUUUACCAGCGUCUGCGGCUUCCAACAUUUCCAGAGGGCGGGAGCGGAGCACGUGGACCUGUUCGAGAGCUUGUACUUUGUUGUCGUCACCUUCUCGACGGUAGGUUACGGUGACUAUAAACCGGACAACUGGCCGUCGCAGCUGUUCAUGGUAGUUAUGAUCUGUGUCGCCUUAAUAGUGCUUCCUACGCAGUUCGAACAACUGGCGUACACGUGGAUGGAAAGACAGAAACUGGGUUUCGCGUACAGUCGGCAUCGAGCGCAGAAUGAGAGGCAUGUCGUAGUGUGCAGCACGACCCUCCGGUCAGACACUGUCAUGGACUUCCUAAACGAGUUCUACGCCCAUCCCCUGUUACAGGAUUAUUAUGUCGUUCUUCUAUCACCCUGUGAGCUGGAUGCGACCAUGAAGAUGAUUCUUCAGGUGCCCAUGUGGGCCCAGAGAGUCAUCUAUAUCCAGGGAUCAGCCCUGAAAGACUUCGAUUUGGCGAGGGCAAGAAUGAACGCUGCCGAAGCUUGUUUUAUACUAGCGGCUAGAAAUUACGCCGACCGGUCUGCUGCUGAUGAGCAUACCAUUCUAAGGUCGUGGGCAGUCAGAGAUUUCGCGCCGAGUGUGCCUCAGUAUGUACAAAUUUUCCGUCCUGAAAAUAAGGUUCACGUCGCAUUCGCUGAACACGUUGUUUGCGAAGACGAGUUUAAAUACGCACUGCUAGCCAACAACUGCCUUUGUCCAGGGACUUCAACUCUUGUUACGCUUCUGCUUCACACUUCCAGAGGACAGGAAGGUCAGAUGUCAGGUGAAGAGUGGCACAGACAAUACGGGAAAUGCUCCGGAAAUGAAAUAUACCAUAUCCGCCUGGGUGAUAGUCGAUUCUUCGGAGAGUACGAGGGGAAGCCAUUUACAUUUGCUUCUUUCCACUCUCACAGGAAGUAUGGUGUGGCUCUAGUAGGCGUGAAGACGGAGAUGGGAGGUACUUGGCCCAUUCUUCUGAACCCUGGUCCCAGUUAUGUGCUGAAAGCCGCAGAUAUCUGUUUCUACAUGAAUAUCACCAAGGAGGAGAACAGCGCUUUUCUGCCUGUCGAACACAAGAGGGAGAGUUUAGUGGGCCUGAAUCCGGAUCCCAAUCCCGAGAUGGCCGCGGCUGAUGAAAAUGAAGCGAAGAAAGCUGAGCUGAAAGGGAAUUCUUACCAAGCGAGGAGGUUCGGAAGUCAUCUGCAAGUUCCUUUAUCUGAAAGUCAUCCCCCAGCUUUCACGAGCUUCAGCGGUCUCAAGCGCAGCGGGAUCAUGCCCGUCGUCAACAGCUUUAACCCGCCAGGGAUCCAUGUGACUACUUCUGUGUGUGAUGGUGCAGAAGAUGCCAUGGAAGCGGAGCAAGAAAAAUAUCUCGACAUUCCCUGGGUUACUCCAGCCGAAAGUUGCGAAAUUCUCCGUGGUUUUCCUCCUGUUUCUCCCUAUGUUGGCGUGAGUCCUACUUUCUGUUAUUUGCUCAAAGUCAAGAAACCACUCUGCUGUCUUCAGUUAUCUCAGGUCUGCGAUCAUUGCACGUUCCGUACAGCAAAGAAUUACAACUGGCCAAAUCGCUGCAUCAUUCUGGCUGCAGACUACGCCAGCAAUGGCAUAUACAAUUUCAUCGUUCCUCUCAGAGCUCAUUUCCACAGUCCCCAAACGCUCAGGCCCAUCGUAUUGCUCCUCGAAAAGAAACCUCAUCCUGCAUUCUUGGAUGCCAUUUCUUGGUUUCCGCUCGUGUACUGGAUGCUUGGAUCCAUAGACGACUUAGAUGACCUGUUGCGUGCGGGCAUCAAUCUGGCUGACAGCGUGGUAGUCGUCAACAAAGAAUCUUCCAAUUCUGCCGAAGAAGAUUACCUGGCAGAUUGUAACACCAUUGUAGCCGUUCAAACAAUGUUCAAAUUGUUUCCGAGUGUCCGUAUCAUCACAGAACUGAGCCAGUCUUGCAACAUGCGUUUCAUGCAAUUUAGAGCGAGGGAUGCCUAUGCCCUACAUCUAUCUAAAAUGGAAAAGGUAAGACUGUGCUGUAUAAUUCUAAAUUUAUGCAACAGAACUCCAGUUACUCGGAAUCCAGUACUUGGAACUUUUGACUAUUUAGACGACAUUUUUUUUUUCACUUUCUAACCAAAUAAAAUUAAGAUUGUUACUAAUUUGCUUAGUCUUUUAAUUUUCUGCCUAUAAUU